AUGUUCAGCUGUCCUCCCAAUGCCGACAGUGAUCCUGCAUCCACAGAGCUUCAGGAUUGCUUCUGCUUUCCUCGCUACCAUGCGGAGCUCUUUGGUGGUCAGUUAUCCCGCUGCGUCAGUUGUGAAUCCUAUGAGGGCCUCCUUUGUGCAGGUGGCUUUCUUCCAAACACAGAAAAAGUCCACAGGCAGCCUGUCGCGUUGCCCGGCUUUUUCCAGACGGGUCUGACAACUGCAGUUGAAUGCAUGCUGGAGAUGGCCGACGGCUCGAGCAUUUGCCUUGGCGGCGCCGCCUGCUUGAACAAGAGUGUCUCGUGCAGUGGCGAGUGGCUAAGCGGCUGCGCAACCGGAGCAGAGGGCGUGCUGUGCGGCGAAUGCGCAGAGGGGUUCGGGCGAGCAGCUCCAGACGAACUUUGCGAGCCUUGCCUCAAGGGCACCUGGUGGCUCAUUCAGGCCAUCUGCGCGGACGUCUUCCAGAAGGUCACUCUCAACUUUGCUCUGGCGAUCAUGGCGGCGAGUGCUGCCGUAAAGAAACGCGGAGGCCUCUACACAAGUGUCAUCCGUCUUGGCAUGCAAUGGCUGACAGCCUGCUCCGUCCUCGCGCAUUUUCGGCUUGAAGGGCUCCAAGCCUUUUCCUGGGCUCAUGCCCUCCGCGAUCGCGAUGAGGAAGCAUCCGCCCCAAGCUUUGCGUGGCCAGAGGUCACCGGCCUCUUCCGCUCUUUCUUUAACAUCCAAGUCCUUCCGAGCCUUGCGUCGGUGUAUCAAGCCGCCAGCUGCCAAGCAUCGGAGAUGCUCCCAGGAGAUCGUGUGGCGCACAUGGUGGCGCCAGGCCUCUACGAGUUGCUUCUCCCCUUCUUCAUUGUCUUAGGCACGACGGUCAUGUGCAUGCUGGUGGUCUACUUGUGCGUGCCGAUUGGAAAUAGGUGUGGCAUUGAGUUCAACCUGGCCGCAAGAGAGAGGCUUGCCAAGGCAAAGGCCACACAGAAGCUCAGGCGUGCAGCGGAACCUAUACUCUUGGAGGAGGGCAUGAGUUGGGAGGAUGUUGAGGCUUCUGGAACCCUCGAAGCCCUCAGCAUGAGCAAGAUCAAGCUGCUCCCCUUCCAUGCGGAGUAUUUUGUCACAACGAUGCUUCGCAGGUCCGGCACAUGGGUGAGGAUCCUUCGCGCCAAGCGCGCGCUAAAGGAUCCGGAGCUCCAGGCCCAGCAUGGGCGCUUCAGCAACUUCAACGUCUUCAAGGAGGACGUUCCCCCUCAGGCGAUGGCUCUCGUUGCUGUCCCAGCUGACUGCAGCGAUGAGCAGUUUCUGGCCGAGCUGGCUCUUGCCGCCUUGGCGUGGAAGCUGUGUUGCACGCACCGCGCAGUGGCGCAGAGUGGCCUCGAGCUGGCGUCAGUCGCGCGCGCAUUUCUGGCAAAGUUCCGUUCGGCGGAUGAUCUCCAGGACGCGUCGUUCAAAGAUACUUUCUCGAUGAUGGUGGAGGACAUCUGCGCUCAACUCCAGCUGGAGGAGCAACAAGAGGAGGAGCAAGCUGUGGAGUCGCGGUCGUCUGGAAAGCAACUGGGGCCCGGAGAUGUUACGGCGCUGAACUUCGGGCUUUUCACAAGUCGUCCUUCUCCACUCACCUUGCUGAGACAGAGUUCACCCGUCAUCUGGCUGACGCUCCUCAUGCGCAUGUGGCCUCAGCUGCUCAGGAGCUACCUGCUCUUCAUCCAGUGCAUGGUGGUUCCAGAGGACAACGGCGCCAGCCAACACCGCUUGGUCCAUCAUCCAGAGGUCGUUUGUUGGUCGAAAAACCACUGGCCUUUGGCAACCGUUGCCAUCCUGGGACUUCUUCUUUGGUGCUUAGGACUUCCACUUGCGCUUUUCCUGAAGAUUUGGCGGAGCCCGGAUCGGCUGAGCCAGGAGAACUCCAGGAAGUAUGGCUUCUUCAUCGAAGGCUACGAGCCGCGGUUUUGGUGGUGGGACAUCGUUGUGAAGCGCUUGGACAUUGCUGUGAUGCUUCUGAUUGCCUACACCUCCAUCGCACCAGACGAUCGCAGCAAGCUGCUAUUGUUUCCCCUGAUUUCAGCGAUCCAGCUCGGCAUUGCGUGCUGCUGCAAGCCCUUCGCGAACGAUCAGGCCCAGAUUCUUGAUUUCCUAGAAGUGGUGUUGAUGGGGUCUCGCUUUGUGCUCUUCGCGGCCAUCGCGGUGCUGCUCGUGCUGAACCCUUCUUCCAGGACGACGUUGCUGGUCUCUGUCAUGCUUCUACUACUGCUGCUCGUGGUGAGCAUGUUCCUUCUGUUGCAUGCUGCGUCACAGAAGAUGCGCGAGUAUCUUGCCGGCGAGCAUCAUGAAGACGAAGAGGAGCUAUAUUUGGAGCAGCAUCGCCACAAGACAUCUUUCAAGGAACUUGGAGUCCAAGGAAAGGAACGUGCAAUUCGCAUCUUCCUUCCGUUGCUGCAAGAAGAUGAGCAUACGCGCUGUGUUGUGAGCUGGUCCUGCUUUGAUGACAAGGUUCUCUUUCAGUCGCAAGCCUCUCACUGCAGCUCCGGAUACAGGCCGCAACAAUCGACCAUCGUCGGCUCACCGAGGUCACCGAGGUUGCAGUGGAUGAAGCAGGCUCGAAAUGCGAUCCUGCGUGUCGGGCGGAGCUAUCAAGAGGCAACUCUGGCGCAGGCCUUCGAAGAGUUCGUGUCCUUGUGGAUCAGGGAUCUCCAGCAAGGACAGCUCCCAGCGGUCCAGCACGUGCUCUGCAGCUUAGCUGCCGCCAACCGCAGGGUUCCAGCAGCGUUGAGAAGGCAAAGUGCCGUGCCGAUGUGGGUUUCAGAGGUGCAUCGGCUUUGUGAUCUCUCUGAUCCCAAUGGCCCUCAAGGCAAGGCUGUCCUCAGCCUGCAGCAGCUCACCGCAGCCUUGAAGCGCUUGUCGACGCUCAACAAGGCGGAUGCGGUGAUGCUGGUCAAUGAGGUUUCCCGAGUUCUGGCACAAUGCAGGGGUGCAGGCGAUGUGCCGCUAGAGCACGUGGAGGUUCUGCAGGCCGCCGCAGAGAAGGAAGAGGAUCCGCAAGAAGAGCCGCCUCCCAGCAUCAUGGCCAAUGCGGAGUCGUUGACGAAAGACAUGCAGCUCCAGUACCUCGCAAACGAAGUUCGGCAUUGGCGAAGAAGGGCCACGAAGCUGGGGCGCCAAAGGCAGAGGCAGCCACAGGGGAGGAACAAGGAAAUCAUGGCUACAGCGGAGCCGCUGGCAAAAGAGGAGCAGAGCCAGUACCUGGCAAACGAAGUUCGGCAUUGGCGAAGAAAGGCGAAGAAGCUGGGGCGCCAGAAGCAGAAGCUGAUCCAAAGGAGGAAUAAGGAAGUGUCUGAGCUGCGCACCAAGGUCACAAAGGCAUUGACGCUGAUGAACGCGCCUGAAACGCCUCAGCGGACGCGAGGCGCCGUCCAAGCCUCCCCACCCCACUUUCUUUGCUCUUCCUCCGUGUUCGGUCCGAAGCUUGCGGCAGCCCGGCUCUGA